AUGUGUGAGAGGGGGCCUUGCUUUAGAAAUCCUUUACAUACCUCACACAUCAUAAACAAACUCAGUACACUACACACUACAAAAUCGAUUAUGCAGUUAAUAAAAUAUUUAAUUUUAUCCUUGGUUAUAUGCGGAGCCUUGAUGCCCAUACAAAUAAUUGCCAGAACGGUCGAUUCGGAGAGGCAGAUGGAAAAGGCUUCCGCGAUUAUCGUACGACACAUUGAGCGUAGCCCUCGAGCGCCGAUUCCUGAAAUGCCCAUGGACCUGCAGACGAAGCAUGCCCCUUGUGACAUGGACUCCAGGGGCAGACAGAGCUAUGUGCAUGCGUUUCCCAACCACUGCAUUUGGGCCUACAACAACCGGUACUUGAGCGAGGGCCACUUCCGCAUCUACAAGACCUAUCAGUUGGAGGCGUUUUUCUUUGGACAGUACUACGAGCGACUGAAGCGUUAUGAAUUCGAGCCCCAUGUCUACGAUUACAACAUGUAACAAGGACCAUUAAAAUAAUAUUUCCAAGCCCCCAGUUAAAAGAAAACCCUGUACAAGAUUCAAUGAAUAAAUAAUACGGGUUUUCCAGUUCACAA